CCCGGCGCAGGUUCCCUCCAGCUCCCGCCACCGGGGCGGCUCAUGUUCCAACCCCGCGCUGGCGCCACGCGGGGCAGGGAACGCUCUCACCCCCCUUGCGCGGGGCAGGGAACGUUGGAGUCCGUUGGUCACUCGUGGGCCCCCAGGUUGGGGUUACUGUCACGCGCGGGUUCGGCCCGUGGUGACGUCACCGGUCGCGCCCUAAUCUCACUUAGUCGGCGUUUCCCGCCCGCGUGCAGCAGUUUGAGCUCAGCCCAGUGGCUCUACCCAGUCGGUUAGUGACCAGCAAGAGGAGCGGCGGUAGUGAGCUCUGCUGCUGGGAGCUCCCGCUAGCGACGCCUCUUACGCCCCGCCCUGCCCCAUGUUCGGACCUGAUAAGCAGUCCGGGCAGCCGAAGCUGGACGGCGGUGGCAGGUUUGGGAAUAUGGCGUCCGUGGGGGAAUUUAACUCGUUCAGCGCCAGCAUCCCGGCCACCAAGGUGGAGCUGUCUGUGUCCUGCAGAAACCUUUUGGACAGAGACACAUUUUCAAAAUCUGAUCCAAUAUGUGUUUUGUAUACACAAGGUAUUGGAAGCAAAGAAUGGAGAGAGUUUGGAAGAACAGAAGUAAUUGACAAUACUUUAAAUCCAGAUUUUGUAAGAAAAUUCAUCAUGGACUACUUCUUUGAAGAAAGAGAGAACCUGCGGUUUGAUUUGUAUGAUGUUGAUUCAAAGAGUCCCAACCUAUCAAAGCAUGAUUUUUUGGGACAAGUGUUUUGUACACUAGGAGAGAUAGUUGGAUCACAGGGAAGCAGACUGGAAAAGGCAAUUGCAGGAAUUCCAGGGAAGAAAUGUGGAACAAUCAUACUGACAGCAGAGGAGCUGAACUGUUGCAGGGAUUCUGUACUUAUGCAGUUUUGUGCAAACAAGUUAGACAAGAAGGACUUCUUUGGGAAAUCUGACCCUUUCCUAGUAUUUUAUCGAAGCAAUGAAGACGGCAGUUUUACGAUCUGUCACAAGACAGAAGUUGUAAAAAAUACAUUAAAUCCAGUGUGGCAGGCAUUCAAAAUCUCUGUCAGAGCGCUGUGUAAUGGAGACUAUGACAGAACGAUUAAAAUAGAGGUGUAUGAUUGGGAAAGAGAUGGAAGCCAUGAUUUCAUUGGAGAAUUCACAACAAGUUAUAGGGAAUUGUCUAGAGGGCAAUCACAAUUCAAUGUAUAUGAGGUAAUAAAUCCAAAGAAAAAAGGAAAAAAGAAGAAGUAUAUUAAUUCUGGAACAGUAACAUUGCUUUCCUUCCUAAUUGAAACAGAAGUUUCAUUCCUUGACUAUAUUAAAGGCGGAACCCAAAUCAAUUUCACAGUGGCUAUUGAUUUCACAGCAUCAAAUGGUAACCCUGCACAGCCCACCUCGCUCCACUAUAUGAACCCAUACCAACUGAAUGCUUAUGGCAUGGCACUGAAGGCAGUAGGUGAAAUCAUUCAAGAUUAUGAUAGUGACAAAAUGUUUCCUGCUCUAGGUUUUGGGGCUAAACUGCCCCCAGAUGGAAGAGUAUCGCAUGAAUUUGCUUUGAAUGGAAACCCUCAAAAUCCCUAUUGCAAUGGAAUUGAUGGUGUAAUGGAGGCAUACUAUAGAAGUUUAAAAUCUGUACAGCUUUAUGGACCAACAAACUUUGCUCCAGUAAUUAAUCAUGUAGCAAGAUAUGCUUCCUCAGUAAAAGAUGGCUCCCAGUAUUUUGUUCUUCUCAUUAUUACAGAUGGGGUUAUUUCAGACAUGGCGCAAACAAAGGAAUCUAUAGUUAAUGCCAGCUAUCCUGAGGAACCCUUGGAGCUGGACCCCCCUGAGGACACCACCCUGACCCAGGCAUCAAAGCUUCCAAUGUCAAUAAUUAUAGUAGGAGUUGGACCAGCAGAGUUUGAUGCUAUGGAAGAAUUGGAUGGUGAUGUAGUCAGAAUCUCCUCAAGAGGAAAAUAUGCAGAAAGGGAUAUUGUACAGUUUGUGCCAUUCCGGGAUUACAUUGACAGAAGUGGAAACUAUAUAUUGAGCAUGGCCAGACUUGCUAAAGAUGUCUUAGCUGAGAUCCCAGACCAGUUUCUCUCUUACAUGAGGGUCAGAGGAAUCAAGCCAUCACCUGCACCACCUCCAUACACACCCCCUCUUCAUGUGUUACAGACUCAGAUAUGACUACUCCGAAAUGGUUAACACUUACCACAAACCAUGUAGAGCUACUGACUCAGUGCUUCAGUGCUGGUGCACUUUAAAGAACCAGUGAAUUGAGACUGUUGUCUGUCUGGAUGAAGUAGUAGCUUGCGAUAGGUUUUUGGAUCGAAACAAAUUCUCUUCAUAUACCAAAAUUCUCAAUAUGGUUGCAUGAGCAACUGAAAAGCUUUUAAACGCUGUUCUCUUCAAGUCUCAUUUUUUUCUGAAUGAAAAAGCUACUUUUUCAUUUAUUUGUUGGGAGAAAGCACGAGUCACAGUUUCAACUCGGAAGAUAUUGUUCUCCCUGACUACUGUGUGUAUAUACAUAUUUAGGAAUGCAAUUCCUCUGUAUCAAUGUUUACAUGUUACUACUUUUUAAAUUUCAAUACUUUUAUAAAUAUUCUUAAGAAUAAGAGUUUGGAAUAUUGAAUCAUGUAUCUUCUAACUUGCAAUAGCUAUAGCCACAGGAGAAGCAAUAUCUCUUUGAAUGAUUGUCCAGACAAAUACAAGCGCAAAACUAAGGAAAAAGAGGACAAAUACAUUCAUAUUUCUCAAUAACUGAAUUGCUUCAUGUAAGUGCUUAGUAGUCAAUUCAUCUGUCAAAAUUUAAAACAGUAUUUGAGAAUAAGAUCUGGAGAUGUGAAGACUGUAACUGUAUUUGACUUACUAAUAAAGCUAAGCCUCAGGAAGGGGGUUAUGUAUUUUUCAGAGAUACUCCAAUUUCUAAAUUUAUGUAAGUUUACAUUUUUUAAAAUAGGUUUUGCUGGCUGAAUAGAACAAUUGCAUAUUAACGUAAUGAAAGAAUAAUUACCUCAAGUCCCAUAGCUGACUUAGUAGAAUCAUCUCAUACUUUGCUUAAUAGCAUUAGCACUUUUGCAUCUUAAAGCUAUUUUCAAGUGAUUAUAACGGACAUUUUAUAAUGAACCGUUUUAACACCCAUUUAAAAUGUAAAGUUGUCACCUAUUGUCUAGAUUGCCCAUUCAAAGGGAUGCUGGCUCUUAAUAUUUGGAUUCAUUGUUGUCACCUAAUCACAUUGCUAUUUGAAGUGCACAGAUGCUAAUAUUUCAUGAAUUAACUGGUUUAAAAAUUGCACAGCCAUAUUGCUUUGUGCACAAUAGUUUUGUGUAUUUAAGUACCCAAAAUUUUACUAUAUGCCUGUUCAUAUCUAAUUAUAAAAUGUUUUGCAUGUACAGUUUUUACAAGAAAUUCACAGUAUUGUGAGUAUAUGUGUCAAAGAUACAUUUUAUUUAGAAUAAAUGGCCUUAAAUCUCACAAAAUUCCUGGAAAUGAUUGUGAAUUGCCUUCAAAUUCUGUUAAGACUGAAAAAUGUUUUAUUUAUCAUUGUAACUACCUUGUAAUGUGACUUUGUUUUCUUUACAUAUAAUUGGUUUAUUACUUUGUUUCUUACUCCUAUAUGUUGUACAAUACAGUAUCAAGGUAAGGCACAUUUUUUAAGCAUGAACAAAGAUUUUUUGCUGAAAAACAUAUUUGCAGUAUCAAUGAUAUAUAACUAUGUAAGUGCAGAAUCUUCCAUUUUGAAAUAUAUUAAAACUUAAAAUUAAAAUUAA